AUGAGCACCGAGUCCUACACCGAGUCCUCAAGUGGGCGUCGUCGUGAGGAGGCGGCGGAGAAGGAGGAGAAGAAGGGCACGGCUGCGUCGGAAGCCUCCUAUAUUGUUAAUUCCGUCGGCACCUCUCAGCACCCUCCCCAAGCUUCUUCUCCCUCCACCUCUACUAAUCCUCCUCUUCCCUCGACAACUACUUAUUCCGCCGCCCCCCCUCAACUGCAUUUUGCCGAUGAUUGCAAACUCCCCUCCACACACUCACCCAAACACACUCUCCACACAGUGCCCCAGUCCGCCACGGCAGCAGCCUUCCUAAAAUCCCCCUCAUCGCUCAGCACUCGCCGCAAGCCCGUGAUAAACCCUCUCAGUGUCGACAACAUCCCCCGCCAAACAAUUCUCAAAGCGCUUGCCUCCCAGCGCACCCCAAUCCCUGUGAACAUUGCUGCAAACCUCUCGAGCGCCAUGUCACCCCUCUACCAGCCCAUGACGGCCCCCUGGUCAAACACCCAGGACGACGACCAAGAAGACGGCCAAGAGCAGUUCAGCGACUGCAGCCCCUGCUUCUACCACCAGAAAUUCGACAACGCCGUCAACGUCGACCGCGUGCUCGAGGAGAUCGCCGGCGACGAAUUCACCUCCCACUCACGCCUCGUGCAGACGGCCCUCGGCGUCCGCGAGGUUGCACGGCAGCUGCAGAGACGCACCUGUAAGAUGAACGUGAAGAACAUCAUGAUUGUGACCAAGGCGCGCGAUAACCAGCUGGUCACGCUGACCAGAGAGCUCGCUCACUGGCUCAUGAAGACGCCGCGCUACGGCGCCAACAUCGGCGUCAAUGUCUAUGUCGACAAGAAGCUGAAGGAGAGCAAGCGCUUUGCGGCGCAGACACUCGUGGAUGAGGACCCGCGGUUCAAGGGAAUGCUGAAGUACUGGACACCCGAUCUUUGCUGGAGCAACCCGGAGACAUUUGACCUCGUUCUCACGCUCGGUGGUGACGGGACUGUUCUCUUCACCAGCUGGCUGUUCCAGAGGAUUGUACCGCCAAUUUUGAGUUUCUCGCUGGGCAGCUUGGGCUUCCUGACGGGGUUCCGGUUCGAGAACUAUAAGGAGCACCUCAACAAGGUGUUGAAUGAGGGGAUGAAGGUGAACAUGAGGAUGCGCUUCACCUGCACGGUUUAUAGGGAGGAAAAUGGGCAGAUGAAUGAAGGGGAUCAGUUCGAGGUCCUAAAUGAACUGGUCAUUGAUCGCGGCCCAUCACCUUAUGUGUCCAACCUCGAGCUCUACGGUGACGAUGACCUCCUAACCGUCGUCCAAGCUGACGGCUGCAUCUUCUCCACCCCAACUGGCUCAACCGCAUACUCACUCUCCGCCGGCGGCUCCCUCGUCCACCCCGACAUCCCCGCCGUCCUCCUAACACCAAUCUGUCCUCACACCCUAUCCUUCCGUCCCAUGCUCCUCACCGACUCGAUGCUCCUACGCGUCUCGGUCCCCAAGAACUCGCGCGCAACCGCAUGGUGCGCAUUCGACGGAAAGGGCCGCAUCGAGCUCAAGCAGGGCGACCAUGUCACCAUCGCGGCAUCGCAGUACCCGUUCCCCACGGUGCUGAGCAAGGGCACUGAGUGGAUCGAUAGUGUCAGUCGUACAUUGAGGUGGAACACGAGGGCUGCGCAGCAGAAGGCGUGGGAGGGCAGUAGUGAGGAGGAGGAGGGCACACAGGAGGGUGGUCAGGGGAGGGAGAGGGUUGUCGAGUGGGAUAUUGAUACGGAUAGCGGGUGCUAUAGCGAUAAUGAGAGUGGGAGAAGUAGCCCGUUGAGGAGGCAGAUGAGUCUUUUGGGGUUUACUUAG